CCAAACGUCGUGCAACGCCGACAAGAAUUUCUCGGCCCGAAACAGCGAGGUCUCCUGCUUGCCUCUCUCCUCCUCGUCUUCGGCGGCGGCGAUGCUCUCCGGCGACGUCCCCCCGAACCAGACCAUUUAUCUCAGGAACCUCAACGAGAAGAUCAAGAAAGAAGAGUUGAAGAGGUCACUCUAUGCGUUGUGCUCUCAGUAUGGAAGGAUACUUGAUGUUGUGGCCUUAAAAACUCCUAAAUUGAGGGGGCAAGCAUGGGUAGCAUUCAGCGAAAUUACAGCUGCUACCAAUGCUUUCCGGGGCCUGCAGGACUUCGAUUUUUACGGCAAAAGAAUGCGAGUACAAUAUGCAAAAACAAUGUCUGACUGUUUUGCAAAAGCAGACGGUUCUUAUGCUCCUAAGGAGAAAAGGAAGAAACAAGAGGAGAAAGCUGCUGAGAAAAAACGACGAACUGAAGAUGCACAACAACCCGGCCCAAAUGCUCCUGUUGCCCCAAGCAAUGUAACCGGUUAUCAAGCUUCUCGUUUUGGCAAGGCUCCACAAGAGCCACCUGCUCCACCGAACAAAAUCCUUUUCAUCCAGAACUUGCCAGACCAGACCACAAGCAUGAUGCUCCAGCUCCUGUUCCGGCAGUACCCUGGUUUCUGGGAAGUCCGGAUGAUCGAAGCCAAGCCAGGCAUUGCCUUUGUGGAGUUCGAGGACGAGAGCCAGUCCAUGGUUGCAAUGCAAGCCCUACAGGGUUUCAAGAUCAGCCCAGAGAACCCAAUGGCUAUAUCAUACGCGAAAAAGUGAACUAUCCAUGGGAUUCCCAAACCGGCCAAAAACAAUGUAACCACAAGAUUUUCGGCCCUAAGCUUUCAAGCUCCUGUAUUAGCUUUCUAACCCUGUGUUUGUGGGAAGUAACUUGCUUAUUUAAGAAGUCAAAGUUUUUGCUACUUUAAAUCAGGUUUGGCCCUUGGUCUUUAUGCGAACCCUGCCUUUUGUUC